GCAUCACGUGUGUAAAGCCAGGAGGGCGUUCAUAUGUUCAACACACAGCCCAUGAGUCCGGCACUGUGGAGGCAGAUUGGUUCGGCAACAGCGACCUACGUACCGGUUCACCUCGCUGUCACUUCAUCACAGAGCUGCACGUUAACGGGCUCCGUACGCGGUCGUUAACCGAGCCGUAGCCUUUAAGUCAGCGGGUAUUUCGGGAGAGCAGCCGUAUCAGCACCCGGGUGUGCUUUACCGAGCUAACCAGACAUUAGCAAGUGAUGCGCAGGGGCCUGCUUCUUCUGGAUGCCCAGCUAAGGUUACAGACAGGGCACGCUGCGUAAUAGCACCAAGGCUUACUCAUCAAGCCUGUGAGCUCACUGACAGCACCCCGAAAGGAGCCCGGUUCCGCCACCUGUUUGGACCGAGCCUUUCACGGCCAGCUCUGCGCUAGUUGGGACUAACCAGCUAACGAGCUAACAACGCUCAGCGUGCAAGUAAACACACACAAGACACCAAGUUUACACACUCUCCAAGCCUGUGCGUCUGUGCGAUGGGUUUACUGACACAGGGGUCUCCACUGAACUGGGAAGAAACCAAGAAAUAUGCCGACCACAUCAGGAAACACGGCAUCAUCCAGUUUCUAAACAUCUACAACAAGGUGAAGGAGCGUCAGAAAGAUGUGCUGAAGUGGGGCGAUGAGGUCGAGUACAUGUUGGUGGAGUUGGAUGACAAGAACGAAAAGGUUCGAAUCGUUCUGAACGGCAGAGAAAUUUUGGAAACUCUGCAAGAGCAGGGUGAAAACAUAAACCCCAAUCAUCCCACACUGUGGAGACCAGAGUAUGGCAGCUACAUGAUCGAAGGAACUCCAGGUCAGCCGUAUGGCGGGACCAUGUCGGAGUUCAACACUGUGGAGGGCAACAUGGGGAAGAGACGACGAGAGGCCUCGUCUGUCCUGAACCAGAACGAAACCCUCUGCACCAUCACAGCGUUUCCAAGGUUAGGUUGCCCUGGUUUUACUAAACCAGAGUACCGGCCGACCCCUGUUGAAAAGGGAGUGUCCAAGUCACUGUUUUUCCCAGAUGAAGCCAUCAACCACCACCCAAGAUUCAGCACCCUUACUAGAAACAUACGUCACAGAAGAGGAGAGAAAGUCGCUAUUAAUGUACCAAUCUUCAAAGACAAGUGCACUCCAUCUCCGUUUGUGGAAGAGUUCCCUGAGGAUGACGGUGAAGCGGCGAGGGCGGCUCUGCCUGAUCACAUCUACAUGGACGCCAUGGGCUUUGGCAUGGGGAACUGCUGUCUGCAGGUGACAUUCCAGGCUUGUAGCAUUGAUGAGGCAAGAUACCUUUAUGACCAACUAGCAACAUUCUGCCCUAUAGUGAUGGCGUUGAGUGCGGCCUCACCCUUCUACAGAGGCUAUGUGUCAGAUAUUGACUGUCGUUGGGGCGUUAUCUCUGCCUCUGUGGAUGACAGGACACAGGAGGAACGUGGGCUCAAGCCGUUGCAAAACGACAAAUACAGGAUCUUCAAGUCAAGAUAUGAUUCGAUUGACAGCUACCUGUCGAGCUGCGGUGAGAAGUACAACGACAUAGAUCUGACGAUAGACGAGGAGAUCUACAAGCAGCUGCUCAAUGCAGGUAUCGACAAGCUGCUGGCCCAGCACAUAGCACACCUCUUCAUCCGAGAUCCACUCUCUGUCUUUGAGGAGAAAAUUCACUUGGAUGAUGAAAACGAGUCCGACCACUUUGAGAACUUGCAGUCGACAAACUGGCAGACGAUGAGGUUUAAACCUCCACCUCCAAACUCUGAUAUCGGCUGGAGAGUUGAAUUCCGCCCCAUGGAGGUGCAGCUAACUGACUUUGAAAACGCUGCAUACGUGGUCUUUGUCGUGCUGCUCACCAGAGUAAUCUUGUCCUAUAAACUGGACUUUCUGAUCCCUUUGUCAAAGGUUGAUGAAAACAUGAAGGUGGCACAAAAGAGAAACGCUGUCCAGGAGGGCAUGUUUUACUUCAGAAAGGACAUCUACAAAGGCUGUAAUCCGGUCUUUGAUGGCACUGCUUCUGCUCACAAUGGCCUGGAGACCGAUUGUGCAGAUGGUGCUAACGAGGAGUACACGCUGAUGAGCAUUGACACCAUCAUCAAUGGAAAGGAGGGAGUAUUCCAAGGGCUUAUCCCAAUCCUUAACUGUUAUCUGGAAAACAUGGAAGUUGAUGUGGACACCAGGUGCACCAUUUUGAAUUAUCUGAAGCUCAUCAAGAAACGUGCCUCAGGUGAACUGAUGACCAUGGCCAAGUGGAUGAGGGAGUUUGUUGCAAAGCACCCGCAGUAUAAGCAGGACAGCGUCCUAACUGACAAGAUCAACUACGACCUGUUCAAAAAGUGCGACAGGAUUGCAAAAGGCGAAGAGCAGUGCCCGGAGCUCAUUGGAAACCCGGUCAACAAAUUCAAAUGAGGAACACUGUAUGAAUGCAUUGUCACUGUACAAACUCGCAUGUCAAGUAAGACCAAAUGUGUGUUUCGGAAUGAAAGCGGUCCAAUUUUAAGAGAAUGCAAACAGCAUGUGUGUGUGUUGUAAAAAACAAAAACAAAAAAAAACACACACUUGCAUCAGAUGUAUGUACAUAUACUGUAUCAGAUUUUUAUGAUUACAAAAUUAUUUUAAUAGGGUUAAGACAUGGAAAAGAUUGUGUAAUAGAAAUCAGAUGUGUAUUUAUUUUUCUCUGGAAAUUAAGACUAUCUGUGUGAGAUUGUAAAUGUAGCAAAGAGCUGUACAGCAGUCUGCUUUUAAUCCUGUGUUCUGUAAAUACUGUACUUCGACUCUUUAAAACAUUAACAUCAGGAGUUUUUUUUGAGUUGUUUUCUUGUUGGUGGGGAGCGUUUAGUAGAGAGAGUUUCUUUCUUUUUUUUUUUUUUGCAUUUUAAGAGAACUGUUUGCUUUGCUCUGCUGACAAUGUAGUGGGACCUUGAAGGUAGUGUUGCAUUCAGUUGGAAAUGGUGAACCAUUGUUUGCAAUGUGAUGCUGCUUCAAAAUAAAUCUGUACAACACUAA